ACGCCUAAAGCAACCAGUGGAUCCUUUGGCUUUACUAAAACCCUUGAACGUCUUCAAUCUUUGCCUCCUUUCAGAACCUGAAGAAGGCGGCCACAGCACCCUAUAUUCUCUCAUUACAAUGCUAACUUCCACGAACUUAUUGUCUCGAAUCAUAAAAAAGAAGAGACUCAAAAAACCCAAAACGAAAACAAGAAACAAAAGACAAGAAACCAAAGAAGAUCCUAGUGAACAAGAUGAACUAGAAGAAGACACUGAAGGGUUUAAUCUAAAAACCUCAGCUCCAUCAAAUACUUAUGGGGUUCAGCCACUUGGCAAUCUUUACUUCAAUCGAGGCUCUAUUAACUCAAGAAACACCGGUUUAGGUAAUCUUCAAAUUUUGACUGAUGAGUUAGUUCUUGAUAUUUUAGGAUUUCUUGAUGGAACCCAGUUAGGAGUUUUAGCUACUGUUAGCAAGUCAUUUUACGUUUUCACUAAUCAUGAGCCUUUAUGGAGAAACCUUGUAUUGGAUAAGUUAAAUGGCGAGUUUCUGUUUAAUGGGUCAUGGAAGUCUACUUAUAUUGCUGGCAUUUACCCUUUAUUUGACGUUAAUGGCUGCUCAAGUUUGAAAGUUAGAGAUUUUUAUUCUGAUUAUCUUUUUCAAAGUUGGUUAUGUGCUAGUCUUGAAAUGAAACCUGAAUGGCUUGAGAGAGAUAAUAUUGUUAGAAAGAAAGGUAUUGCUGUUGAGGAAUUUGUGAUGAAUUUUGAGGAGCCAAAUAAGCCGGUAUUGUUGGAAGGGUGUAUCGAUAAUUGGGCUGCAUUGCAGAAGUGGGAUAAGGAUUAUUUGGUUAGUGUGUGUGGUGAUGUGAAGUUUGCAGCUGGGCCGGUGGAGAUGAGGCUUCAAGAGUAUUUUAGGUAUUCGGAUCAGGUGAGGGAGGAACGUCCAUUGUAUCUUUUUGACCCGAAAUUCGCUGAGAAGGUUCCUGUUUUGGGUUCUGAAUAUGAGGUUCCAUUGUACUUUAGGGAGGAUUUGUUUAGUGUUUUAGGUAAUGAGAGGCCGGAUUAUAGGUGGGUCAUAAUUGGCCCUGCAGGAUCUGGCUCAUCAUUUCACAUAGAUCCUAAUUCUACAUCUGCUUGGAAUGCAGUGAUUAAGGGGUCUAAGAAGUGGAUUUUGUUCCCACCUGAUGUGGUACCUCCUGGUGUUUAUCCAAGCCCGGAUGGUGCAGAGGUAGCAUGUCCUGUUUCCAUAAUGGAAUGGUUCAUGAACUUUUAUGGUGCAACAAGGAACUUGAAAAGGAGACCUAUUGAGUGCAUCUGUAAGGCUGGUGAAGUGAUCUUUGUGCCCAAUGGUUGGUGGCAUUUGGUAAUCAACUUGGAAGAAUCCAUUGCUAUUACACAGAAUUAUGUCAGCAGGAGAAAUCUGCUGAAUGUUUUGGAUUUUCUUAAGAGGCCAAAUGCAGGGGAACUAGUGUCUGGAACUCGAGACCGUGUGAAUUUGCAUGAUAAGUUUGAGAAUGCUAUUGAGUCCACUUUCCCUGGAACUAUCGAUCAAUUGGUGCAGAAAGCAGAGGAGAAGAAGGCCCAAGAGAGAAAACUUUCCUUCUGGGACUCAGUGACUGAUUCCCAUGCUGGUGCUUUCAAGUUCUCUUUCUAAACAAACCCCACAAAGGCUGGAUGCGUGGGAAUGGGACAGCAACUUACUCUGGAACAAACACAGGCGUACGUCAUAUUCCUGCUCCUCUUUAAACCAUGAUCUUGCAAUGGAAUGUAGAUGCUUGAAGAACAUAUUUUCCUCUCAAGAAUUCAAGCUUGAGCCUCGCUCUUCCUUCUGGUGGAAACGGAUCCUUUUCCCUGUUCAGUUUUUUGGCGAAUGAAAUGUUGAAUCAUUCUUUCUAUUGUUUUGGUAUACAUACAUUCAGAUGCUCAGAAUUGUAGUAAUUGAAAUGAAUGUUUAUUUGUCAA